AUGACUCUGAGCUGGGUGUUGAAGGUGAACAUCUACGAUGAUGGGUGCGUGAAGAAGGUGAUGAAGCUCCAGAAAAUUGAAGGAGUGAAUGAAGUUGCCAUAGAUUCCAAUCAAGGGCUUGUGACAGUGACGGGCAACGUGCACCCGAACAAGCUCAUCAAGAAGCUCAAGAAGUAUGGGAAGCACGCCCAGCUGUUGGGCGGCCCGAACAACAACACUCAGAACAGCGGGGGGAAUGGCAAUGGAGGAGGUGGAGGUGGGGACAAUAAUGGCCAUGAGGGUGGAGGAAGCAGCAGUGGUGGUGGAGGUGCCGGUGGCGGUUUCAUGAGCCAGAUGGGAGGUUACUGGCCAAUGGGCCAGAUGGGAGGUUACCGGCCAAUGGGACGAAUGGGCGGUAUGCCAAUGGACCAAAGGGGGGGCUACCAGCCAAUGGGCCAAAUGGGAGGCUAUCGGCCAAUGGGCCAAAUGGGCGAUAUGCCUGCAAGUCAGGAUCUGCCGGCGAUGCACGGCGGUGGGUACUAUGAGAACCCGUAUCAGCAGCAACACACAGGCAUGAUGAUGAACCAACACCAGCCACACCAUGGCCAUGGGAACGAGAUGCACGAUCGUCCACCUCCCCCGAUGCCGCCUCCGGCCUCGGAAUCUUCCAUGAACAUGUUCAAUGAUGAGAGCACGGAGAGCUGCACUGUCAUGUAA